AUGGCUGUGACUCUCGGGAAGCUGCUCCUGCGCGGCAGUAGGAGAUGGCCGAGCGGGGUGCCUCCACUUGAUAAGUUGGGGAGUGCUUCCAACGGCAGCGUCGGCGAGGUGGGAGAUGUGCACAACAUGAUAGACCCCCCGUUAGGGGAAGAGGAGGAUUACCCGUCGUAUGUGCAACCGAACGAGAAGAGCAGCUGCGACAGGUGGGCCGAAAGCUGGAAAGACGCAAAUGUAAAGGGUGUAGAAGGAAAAGAAAAAAGAGGUCAUUAUGCCACCCCCCCAGUGAGUGACAACCCCGCGUAUACAGUUCCCUACAGAUACAAAGUGGUGAUUCCGCCGAGGCGAAAAAAGGUGAAAGAUAUUUCAGAUGUGAAUGAGCAGAAGAGGGGAGAGAAAAGCAAAGGGGCAUCCCCAAAUGAAUCAAACGACCCUAUGGAAAACAUAAAAGAGGAGUACAGUCGAGAUGUCAGCGACCAGAUGAGUUACUCCGAUUUCGUAGGGUUCAGAAAUCCAACCCUAGAAACUUGGGAUAACUACAGGUACUGGCAAGAUAGUGGGUUCAAAAAAUUUCUACACAGAACGUUCCCAAUAAAGUUACCUGAACAUAGGACACUGAACCCAUUGUUAAGAGAAUACAUUUACUUUUUACAUUCAUUUGAUCCGUUUCGAUUUUCUGUGAAGAAGCUGAGCGAGAGGUACUUCCUCUCCCAGAAUUGCAUCCACUCCAUUUAUAAAGAGGAGAGUGUGAAGCGAUUCCUCCGAGAGAACCAGCUGUGCGAUGAGAAGACAAAACGAAUUAGCAAAAGGGAAGCCGUUUUAAAAAUUAAAGAGUUGAUAUAUGCCAACAAGUUAGGCUACAAAGAUGCUGGUGACUUUGAAAAUGUGAAGAAUGAGGAGGACCAAUUUCAGGGGCACAAGAACACCUUCGAUGCUAUCAACAGGCAGGUUAUCCAGGUGGAGUCCAUUUCUGCCUUCCCCUUGCCCGACCGGCGCGACCCCGUGCCCAAGCGAGUCGACGUCGACAUCCCCGUGGCGAACUCCGCCAACGUGAAGGUUAUGAACUGGGUCAACCCGAACGAUAAGGUCGUUUUUUGA